AUGAGACUUAAUACUCAAUUACCUCCAAAGCAUAAUUUUAAUGCAUCAUUUAAUUAUGAUUGGGAUCUAAUGAAUAAGAAAAGAGAAAUUGAAAUGCUUAGACCUAGAGAAAUUUGUCCAAAACGCAAUCACUCAUUUCAUACUAGUUCAAAUGAUUGUGAUAAAUCCAUACAUAAUCGUUCUUUUGAAAAAUCAAUGUAGGAAACAGAAAAGGUUAGUUCAAGAAUGCAAAAUGAAUUUGGCUAAUUGAAGACUCUCAUUUAGAAAAGACGUGAUGAGAUUGAAAAAUAAUAAAGACAAUAGGAUCUUAAACUUUCAAUAUCAAUUCCUUAAUAAACAAUAAAGGAAGAUAUUAGAAAAUAAAAGGAAGAAACACCUUAAUUCAAUUACUAUUAAACUUUUAAACCCAUAUUUGCAUAAUUAAAUUCAUUAAUUGAAAAUUCCAAUACUAAAGAAUUAGAUAAAUAAAGAUUAGUUACUUUAUUUGAUUCAAUUGAUUAAGAAUCCAUUAAGAAGAGUAAUGAACCAGAAUCAAUGUUUUAAUUGGUUGAAUAAUUAGUUAAAGAAUUUGUAAUUCCAACUUUAGAAUAAUAAACUCCAACUCAAUAAAAUUCAAAACGAAGUUAUAUGUAGACAUAAUCAUCAAAUUUUAUUAAACAAUUACCAUCUCAUUAAUAAAUACCUAAAUCAAUUGAGUAAUCUAUUAAUUAUAAAAAUGUAUUUGAAUUACCAUAUAAAAAUCCCCUUUAAUUUUAUUAAUAAAUAAAAAAUAAUGAAAGUGGAUAUUAUGAAUAUUGUAUAAAUGAUUAAAUUGUUACAGGAGAAUCAAUAAAUAACUUUAACAUUUCAAAAUUUUAAUCAUGUACAUUAAAAAAUUAAUAAUCAAAUGUAAAAGUGGAUUAUAGAUAAAUUAAAUAAUCCUUAAUUUAAUAAUAGAUUUAUAGUCUUGAUGAUUAAUUCACUCUUAUUCCAAUAACCCAUUUUAAUAGAAAAGUAAUUUAUGCUUUGAAUUAUCAAUCUUCAUAUUGUAAAUAGAUUUAAUAAUACAUCUAAUUGAAUAUUAGUAAUCUAUAAUAUAAAUUAGAAUUGGGUAUCAAUAAAAUCAAUAAGAUUGUAUUAUUAUAAUAAAGAAUGAAAAGAUUAAUGGUUAUUUUGAGAAUGAAAUAGUUUAUAAAUUAAUUAAGAAAAUUAAAAAGACUAAUUCAAUAAUUUGGAUUUAAAAGAUUGAAAUAAUAUUACUAUUCUAUAAGAAAUUCAAAGAAUAUAAAUAAUAAUAUUUGUAAAUUAAUUCUUUAAGCAGCCAAAUAAGUUAAAAAGAAUGAAAGGAAUUAUACAAUUUAAUUGUUUAUGAUAUUGUAAAAGUAUUAAAGUAGAUUGAAGAGUAAUGCAAUAAAGUAAUUAAUUGGAAAUGAUGAUUUAAUUAUAAUGUUAUAAGCAUUAUAAUCAGAAAAUUCAAUUGAAAUGUAUUUACAAUAAGUAGCUUAAUUAAUGGGUGAAAAAUUAGCAGUUUCCAUUUUAAAUAUUGAGAUAUUGUCAUUGACUUCUUAUUUACCUGAAUAUGGAUUAAUAUAAGAAUAUUUUGAAGAUAUUGAUGAUAUUUCAUAAUUCAAUACUCUUUAUUAAUUAACUUUAAACUUAAAUACAGAAUUAACAAAUAAUUUGAAUAUUGAAUUUGAGAAUAGACACAUUUGGAAAGUUAAUGAUGAAAUAUUUUUAAUAACUUCAUCUAAUAUGUAAACUCAAUAUUUGAGUAAGAUAGCUUUAAUUUUGACUAAUGGAAUUAAUAGUUUAAGAUAAAAAUAUUUAGAGUUUUUUAAAUUCAUAAGAUUGAGAACAGAAUAACAUUAAUAAAAAAUGAAAUCUAAGUUUUUUAAUAGAUGGAGAAAUAAAUAAGGUUUAUUUGUAGAUCAAUUAAGAAAUGAACUUGUUUGUUCUUAAUAAGAAUAAGAUUAAUAAUAAAGAUUAAUUUAUUAAUAUGAAUUAGAAUUAUAGAAUAUGUAAAUAUAAAAUGCAUUGAAAUCAAAAUGUUUAAGUAGUGCAAUGUUAGAAAAUACAUUAUCUAAAAGAGAGAAUUAAUUAUCAUUAAAAUAGACUUUCUUUAAAUUAUGGAGAAGUAGAAAUACAAAUAUAAGACAUCUUGAAUAGAGAGUAUAAACAGGAUUAUUUUUAUUAGAAUAAGCAAUUUGUAAAAUUGAGAAAUCAUAAUUGGAUAUAGCAUUUAGAGAAAUUGCAUUCUCAUACACUUAACCUACAGGUACUAUACCUACUAGUCCAAUAUUAAAGAAUACUAAAAGAAGUUAACAUACAAGAGAAUAGACACGUAGAAGUUAAGAAGAAUUAGAAUAAUCUGUUUUAUGGGAUGUACAUUAAAUGAAGAUUCACUCUCCAAAUGGACAUAAAGGAUAAUCAUUAUCUCCAAUUACUGCUCAUACAAUCAACCAAUCUUUUUUGAUAGAAAAUGAAUCUUUGUAUUAAUAUCACUCUUAAAGAUGGUAAUAUAUUAAAUCAUUAUAAAUAGUACUUAAUAACCAAAGAAAAAGGCAUAAUAACAAUAAUCUUCAAAUUUAGAUUAAGAAAAUGUGUAAUCAUAGAAUAAAAUCUAUUCUCAAAGGACCAAGGAUUUUGUUCGUAAAAUAGGUUAGCCAAAAUAGUAAUAAUAGAAUCAUAGGAGAAUUAAUUCAACAUAACCAGGAAGUUCUUUUUCAUUUUAUGAUUUAUAACAUUGA